CAAUCGAGAGACUUCUUCUUCUUCUUCUUCUCAACUCCAUUAUCUAAUUCUAGGGUUUUUUCUCUCCUUCUUCUUCGCGCUUCUCUCUCCCGCCGCUUGCUUCUUCUUUCCCUCGAAAAACUGGUGUUACUGUAUUCUUGCUGCAUCUACAAUUGUCCUGAAAUUUUAUUAUAAUGGAGGGAUGUGAAGCUUCUGCUUCUUCUUUAGCUGGCUUUACCGGUAGGAGAAGGAGAAGCGGUCUGCCUCGUCGACCCCGCCAUAUAAAAGGGAGCGCCCAUAGUUUCAAGUUCUUCCCACUCUCAACACAGGCAAACACUGCUCUUAGCAAUGAAGCUAACCCAAGUUCUAGGAACACCAAUAGUCUCUGUGGGUCUGUGAGUGAGAACAAACUGAAACUGAAGCUUAAGCUUGGUGGUGGUGUUACUCGUACGUUGCAAACCAACUCUGAGGCGGGUGUUUAUACCAAAGCUUUGGAUAAUGGACAAAAGCCAUUUCAAAAUAAGGUAAAAGGCAAUGGACUUGAGCAGAGACAUGUUCAGAAAACACUGUUUCUAGGAGAUAUCCAUCAAUCUAGAGGAUAUCCGUCUGUGACUGGGAACCGAAUCUCCAUGUCUGAGAAGAGCAAACGAGGUCUUAAGAAACGUGUAUUGGAUCCUGAACCAGACAGUGAUGAUGAUGGAGAUGAGGAAAUCAGAUACCUCGUAAAGUUAAAGUCUAAAAGGGUCAGGGACUCUCAUGAAAGUAAAGAGAGUGAAGGAGGCACAAGGAUACACAGCAAUGGUCAUGACUUGGAAGACAGAAAACAUCUCUCAUCAGACAAACUUGCUGUAUCGGGAAGGAAAAAGCCGAAGAUGGGAAUGGUUGAUCCGCUCCCAGCAGGAGCGACAAGCGGACAAAUUCCUACUACACGUACUCGGGCUCUCCAAUCUGGAACGGAUCCACAUUCUGUCAUUGGGUCGGGGCCUCUUGAAUUCCCUGAUGGCUUACCUUGCCCCUCAUCUAAAAGACCAAAACAGAAGCUUUCUGAGGUAGAGCAACAAUCCAAGAAGGCCGAAGCUGCACAGAGACGGCGAAUGCAGUCUGAGAAGGCUGCCCAAGAAGCCGAGGCUGAAGCUAUCAGGAAAAUACUUGGGCAAGAUUCUGGGAGAAAGAAAAAAGAGGAGAAGAUCAAAAAACAACAGGAAGAACGAGCUCAGGAGAGAGCUGCAAGAUCAAGCACACUCGCAUCAAACACUAUCAGAUUGGUGAUUGGUCCAAGUGGAACAACUAUGACAUUUUCUGAAGACAUUGGUCUUCCGGAUAUCUUCAAGCCAAUCACGUAUAGUUAUCCUCCUCCACGAGAGAAAUGUGUGGGACCAAAUUGCGAGAAAGCUUACAAGUACAGGGAUUCAAAGUCGAAGCUGCCAUUAUGCAGUCUCGGAUGUUACAAGGCCAUUCAAGAGAAGAUGGAACAAGCACUGAUUCAUUGCUAAUUGCUUAAAAGGUUUUUGUUAAAUAUAUUUAUAUAACACAU